UGAAAUAUGGAAGACAUAGACUCAUUUUUAUUCAAAUUUAAAGGAUAUUAUUUUCUCCGCCCGGGACUUGAUAUAGGCUUUCUAGAAACAUUAAAUGAUUUUGAAAUCAGAGAAGAUGAUGUCUUCAUAGUCACAUACCCCAAAUCUGGAACCAUCUGGUUUCAGCAGAUAUUAAACUUGAUUUAUUUUGAUGAACAUCGAAAAAGCACUGGGAAUCUGGAGACAGUUUUUCGAGUUCCCUAUUUUGAGUACCCCAGUCAAAACACGGAUUUUGUUAAAAGACCAUCUCCUCGUCUCUUCACUACCCACCUCCCAUACUAUUUGGUUCCAAGUGGCCUGAAGAACAAAAAAGCCAAAAUUAUUUAUGUAUACAGAAACCCUAAGGACGUUAUGUGCUCAUAUUUUCACUUUUCAAAGAAGAUGCCAUUACCUGCUGCAAGCACCAUUGAGGAAUUCAUGAAACUAUUUCUAGAAGGAAAAGUGCUGGGAAGCCUUUGGUUUGACCACAUCAAAGGUUGGCAUGAGCACAAAAGCCUCUUCAACAUAGAGUUCAUGAUGUAUGAGGAGUUUAAAAAGGAUCUCAGAGGUUCUAUGUUAAAAGUCUGCAAAUUUCUGGGGAAAGAAUUAAGUGAUGAGGACAUGGAUACUGUGGUGGGCCAGGCCAUGUUUGAGAACAUGAAGUUAGACCCACGGGCAAAUUAUGACAAUAUACUAAAGGACCAAUUUGGGAUACAAGAAAAAGGUCAUUUCCUUCGCAAAGGUACCAUUGGAGACUGGAAAAAUUACAUGACUGUUGAGCAGAAUGAAAGGUUUGACAAGAUUUUCCAAAAGAAUAUGAAAGAUUUUCCCUUGAAGUUCAUCUGGGAUAUGAAUGAGGAAUAG